UAUUGUGACUUAGUAAGUAGUAAAGCACUUCAUGAGGUGGUAUUAUGCAUAUUAGUCGCAUCGGCUGAUAUCAUUGAAUAACACUGGAGUUUACCUAGUCUUUGCAGCAAAAUUUGAUCCAACAACAAAUUUGAAUUUGGCGAGGAUUGUGUCACUUGAAAAAGAUUCAAUGGAACGUUGGCUAAAUAAAGUGGCUGUAGUCAGUGGAGCCAGCUCAGGGAUAGGAGCGGUGAUAGCAGCAGAUUUAGUUAAAAAUGGAUUUAUUGUGGUAGCCCUGGCCCGACGAAUGGAUCGUCUCCAUGAGAAACAGCUUGCUCUCUCUGAAGACCUUCGACUUCGCUACCAUCCAAGGAAGUGUGAUGUUACUGACGAGGCGGAGGUGAAAAAUACCUUUGCUUGGAUAGAAGCUAACUUGGGAGGCACUGACGUUUUAGUCAACAAUGCCGGGAUUGCAACCAAAGGUCCACUUCUAACGAGCGAACAUGAUACGGAAUCGUUUCGAAAUGUGGUAGAUACAAACAUCAUGAGUGUAGUGUAUUGUGUACGGGAAGCAUUUCAUUCGAUGAAGAAACGUAAAUUUGAUGGCCACGUUGUGAUUAUUAACAGCGUCCUGGGACACAGUGUUCCAAUGCGUCUAGCUGAAGAUAUGAAUAUUUAUCCUGCAACGAAACAUGCAGUUACUGCCAUGGUUGAAAUAUAUCGCCAGGCAUUCUCGAGAACUGGGACGAAAGUUAAAGUUACGAGCAUUAGCCCAGGCAUUGUCGAAACGGAACUGCUUCCCCAUAUGGGGGCUUACAGAAAAGCGGGUAAACCACUUUUGUAUCCAGAAGAUGUGUCCAAUGCUAUAUUAUACGCUUUAAGUACGCCUCCACAUGUUCAGAUUCAUGAAUUAAUUCUUAAAUCUAUUGGUGAGGAAUUCUAAGAAAGAAACUGUACAUUUGCUUACUGGUUAGGCAAUAAUUUUUUUCGUUAAAAGAAUACAUUUUAAAUUAACUUUGGGUAUGAAGUAAGCAGUUAAAUAAAAGACGUUU